CGCGCAACUUAUAGUGUUCUGAAUAAAUAAAAUCAAACACGAGAAUACUGAAGACGACAGUUUGUGGACGGCCGUUGUUUCGCUGACAGUGGAUAAAACAAAUUUAAACUGACUGAAGAACAACAAAAAGCAAGGAUUUCGUAACAAGGAAUAAAACAAGACAAAAUGUUGUCAAUAAUAUUCCAAAUAUCCGGCGUGUUCGUUUUGAUUUAUUUGUAUUUGGUGUGGAAUUUCCAGUACUGGAAAAAUCGCAAAGUUACAAGUGUAAGAUCAUAUCCGAUACUCGGUUCGUUUCCGAAGUCAUUUAUGCAAAAAAUAAACCUUUGCGACGAACACAUGGCAGUCUAUAAACAGUACCGUGGUAAGAGCCCAUUCGUUGGCAUCAUGUCUGGUCGAACUCCAAAACUACUAAUCAUCGACAGUCAAGUUGCUAAAGAUAUUUUGGUGAAAGAUUUCAAAAAAUUUCGUGACAACGACGUUGCGUCACUCACCGAUAAAGAAACCGAUCCGAUAUUUAAACGCAAUCCAAUUAUGCUCGAAGGUGCCGAAUGGAAAGAAAAACGAGCCGAAGUCACACCCGCAUUUACGCGUAGCAAAUUGAAGGCUAUGUAUGCGUAUAUUGAUGAAGUCUGCAUAAAAAUGACGAAAUUCGUCCAUUAAGAAAUUCAAAAGGAGCAUCCGGAUGGAUUUGAUGCAAAAGAUGUACUCAGUUCUCGAUAAGAUAAUGUCAUUGAUUGCCGAAUUAUUCCAACGAAGAUUUUUUCAGCUAGCUGCAAAAUACGCCGUUGACGUUGUGGCAAGUUGCAUCUACGGUGUCGAUUCGAAGGCAUUUUCGGACGAGGAAUCUGAUAUCCGUAAAGCGGGCUCGACCAUAUUCGAACCGGAUGCCAAGUUUAUCAUCUACUUUUUGCUAGUUUUUAUGUUUCCAUUCAUCGCGAAAAUAUACCGAAUGCCAUUCGUGACAAAGGGUACACAGGACUUUUUCACGAAACUGAAGGAAGACGCAAUUAGAUUGCGGGAAGAGCAAAAAAUCGAACGAAAUGACUAUCUAAAUUAUUUGUUGCAGUUAAAAAAGAAAAAGAAUUUGCCAGACAUUGAUGUGGUGGCACACACUACAACGUUUCUUUUAUACGGUUUCGAAACGUCCAGCAUUACAAUUUCACAUAUGUUGUACUAUUUGGCGGCAAACAAAUCGGUUCAGAAUAGAUUACGGAAGGAGAUCUAUGACAAUAUCGGUAAAAAUGGGCGCAUCGAAUUUGACGUUCUGAAUGAUAUGAAAUACAUGGAUCAAGUUUUCCACGAAACGUUGCGCAAAAAUCCACCUAACGGUAUUGCAGCAAAAGUUUGCACAAUCUCAACGAAUCUAACCGAUUACGAGGGUAAUGCCGUACCGAUUGAGAAAGGAAUGGUGGUUCAAAUACCGACGUACUGUUUCCAUCACGAUGACCGAAUCUAUUCCAAUCCGGAAGUAUUCAAUCCGGACCGAUUCAGUUCAGAAAAUGGUGGAUUGAAAGCAUACAAGGACAAAGGAGCUUUUCUGGGCUUUUUAGAUGGACCCAGACAAUGUUUCGGAAUGAGAUUUGCAAUGGCCCAGUCGAAGGCAGCUGUAGCAGAGAUAUUAAAAAAAAUCGAAGUCAUUGUAAAUGCAAAAACGCAGGAACCUCUUGUACUUGACCCUAAAGCCUUUCUGCUCGUUCCAGUUGGUGGAUUGUGGCUUAAUUUGAGAGCUCUGUAGAAGAUGUGCAGUGAUCACGUUGAAUAUAGCC